AUGGGAGGCUACUACUGCUUGUUUCCCUGCUUGCUCGUCUGCUUUCUGCUCCACACACUUGGCAGCCACUCCCUGAAUCAGACAUGCAAUCCCACUGACCUGGAGGCGCUUCUCUCCUUUUCCAGCAGCUUGGAUAGGAAGGGCAGCAGGCUUGUCGGGUGGGGUCCCAACGACACAGCGUGCUGUUCUUGGACCGGCGUCUCUUGUGAUCUUGGGAGGGUUGUUGGGUUGGAUCUCUCCAACAAGAGCCUUCAUGGCGGCAUCUCCUCAGCAAUCAGCUUGCUUGAUGGCCUUGUGACUCUAAACCUCUCUGGCAACUCUCUCCAUGGUCAGCCACCGGUUGGGCUUGGCCGGUUAGCAAGGAUGCGGAUUCUCGACCUCAGCAUGAACAUGCUCUCCGGCGCGUUCCCGACGAGUGAACACGGCUUCCCAGCGAUUGAGGUUGUGAAUGUCUCCUUCAACCAAUUCAAGGGACCACAUCCUGUGUUCCCUGGCGCAAUGAACCUGACGGUUCUUGAUAUCUCGAGCAAUGCCUUUUCUGGUGGCAUCAACAUCAUGGUCCUCUGUGUUGCGCCGGUCAAGGCCCUGCGAUUUUCCAGGAAUAAGUUCACCGGUCAGGUCCUCACCGGCUUCGGCCAGUGCAAGAUGCUUACUGAGCUCUCUAUUGACAGCAGUGGCCUUACCGGAAACCUCCCCAGCGACCUUUACACUAUAUCAGAGUUGAGGAGGCUGAGCUUACGAGAUAACCUGCUCUCUGGUAAUCUCGGCGAGAACCUGGGUAACUUCUCUCAGCUUAUCCAUAUUGACCUGUCAUAUAACAUGUUCCGUGGCAUCAUCCCUGACAUGUUUGGAGGUUUGAGGAGGCUGGAGUUCUUAAACUUGUGCUCAAAUUUGUUAACUGGCACAUUGCCUGCUUCCCUGUCGAGCUGCCCAAUGCUGCGAGUGAUCAACCUAAGGAACAACUCGCUGUCGGGCAAGAUUACCAUUGACUUCCGUUUAUUACCAAGGCUGAUCGUUUUGGAUGCAGGGGCCAACAUGCUGAGUGGUCCUAUACCUCCAGAUCUCAUGUGGUGCACUGAGUUGAGGACACUGAACCUUGGAAAGAACAUGCUUGAUGGGGACAUAACAGAGAGCUUUAAGAAUUUGCGAUCCCUGUCGCACCUUUCGCUUGAUCGUAAUGGCUUCACCAACUUGUCAUCCGCAUUACGAGUCUUGCAGCACCUGCCCAAACUGACAACUUUGGUGCUCACCAAGAACUUCCAUGGUGGUGAGACCCUGCCUAUGGAUGGCAUCAAUGGGUUUAAGAGCAUGCAGGUGUUUGUUUUGGCAAACUGUGCGCUCUCCGGCAUGAUUCCGCCUUGGCUGAAAAGUAUGGAGAGCCUCAGAGCGCUGGACCUUUCAUGGAAUAAGUUGAAUGGAAAGAUCCCACUAUGGUUGGGCAAUCUCAAUGAUCUCUUCUACGUCGACCUGUCAAACAAUUUGUUCAGUGGGGAGCUGCCUGAGAGCUUUACACAGAUGAAGGGUUUAAUUUCAAGUAAUAGUUCGAGUGAGCAUGCAUCAAUGGAGGAUUUCCCAUUAUUUAUCAAGAAGAAUUCAUGUAAUAAAGGUUUGCAGUACAACCAUGUCAGCAGCUUCCCGCCGUCGCUGAUCCUGUCCAAUAACUUGCUUGUUGGGCCAGUCUUGUGGGGCCUUGGCAAUCUUGUGAAGCUUCAUGUGUUGGACUUGGGCUGGAAUAACUUAUCGGGGUCAAUUCCUGAUGAGUUGUCAACCAUUUCAAGCUUGGAAGAGCUAAAUUUAACCCACAAUGGCCUCAGUGGGAGCAUACCAGAAUCUCUAGCAAAGUUGACAUUUCUCUCCACGUUUGAUGUCUCGUACAACAACCUGACUGGACUAAUCCCAGCAGGGGGUCAAUUUUCCACAUUCACAAAUGAGAAUUUCGUGGGCAAUGCUGGACUAUGCCUUCGUUGGAAUGGCCCCUGCUUUGGAAAGGCUCCAUUUGAAGAAGGAAGUGAUGGCACCGAUACCAUAUCCGCAAUGCUCACGAUGACAUACAUCACUGUGGAAGUGGGAUUCGCUUUCGGGCUUUUGACUGUCUGUAACAUACUGUUCUUCGCAAGGGCUUGGAGGGCCGCAUAUUUUCUGGCGGUCGACAGGUUCUUUGAUAAGCUCUAUGUAAUGACAAUGGUGAAGGUGAACAAGCUCACAAGAAUUUGGGAGGAUAAAGAUCAUCUUUAG